GAUGACAAGACCCAGCGCUUCUUUGAUCAGACGAUCACCGACCUCCCUUUCUUCCUCACUCUCGAGCCGACUGAUCGUUCCCUGGCGUCUCGUCGCCACCGCUCCUCUGCACAUUUUGAUGUGAUGGAGACGGGGUACGACUUCAUUCUCGGCACUCCGUGGUCUCGUCGGUUCCACAGCACCGAGGCCGAUUGGGUGACCAACACUCUCGUUCUCAAAACGAAGUGUGGACAGACGUAUCGCAUACCUUUCAUAGGUACCACUGCGACACCACACCCCAAUCCUCCUCUCCCGGAGCCUUCUGUGCCAACACCAUCUCCUUCUAUCACUGUCACUUCGCCUUGGCAGUUCCCCCACUUCAUCCGACAGGACGACGUCACCUUCUUUAUGGUGAACGUGACGGAUUUCUUACACUAUGAUCCACCCUAUCCCGACGCCGAUCUCCUCGCUCUGGAGCCAGAUCCUCCUUCUAUCUCCAGGGCUCUCAUCUCUACUUUCGUCCCUCCGCAGUCCGUCGAGUCCACCCCGYCGUCGCGCGCUGACGCUGACGCUGAGGAACUCGCACGAUAUACGGCUGACCUGGAGCCCGCAGUUCGUGACCUUAUCCGAGAGUACCACGGCGUUUUCCCAUCGUCGUUCUCGUACGCCGGCAUCCCACCGAUGCGUGACGUCGAGCACUCCAUUCAGCUUGUGCCUGACUAUCGUGUUCACCACCAGACACCCUACAGGUUCUCGAUCCCCGAGGCCACCGAACUCAAGCGUCAGCUUGAGGAGCUCCUGAGACUGGGUUUCAUGAAACCCAGCAACUCCCCGUGGGGUGCACCUGUCCUCUUUGCUCGCAAAGCGGAUGGAACUCUCCGUCUCUGCAUCGAUUAUCGCGGUCUCAACCGCUACACGGUUAAGAACAGUUACCGCAUGCCUCGUUCUGAUGAGUUGUUCGACCGCCUAGCAGGCAACCGCUUCUUUACGAAGAUUGAUCUUCGUAGCGGUUACCAUCAGAUCCGCGUCGCUGCGGCCGACCAGCCGAAGACAGCGUUUCGAUCGCGCUUCGGCCACUACGAGUUUACGAUGAUGCCAUUCGGCCUCACCAAUGCACCCGCCAGCAGAAAGUAACUAACUAGCAUACACGUCCUAGGAAAGCAGAAAGUAGUGACAACUAGAUCCUAGAAUGUUGGAGGCAGUAGCCUCGGUCUGGUAACAGCUGACUAGUGUAUAAGUCCUAAGAACARCAAAAGCAGAACARCUAAAUCCUAGAAAUGUCAGAGGCAGUAGCCUCAGUCUGAGAGCAACAAAGCAAUCACAAGACA